AUGAAAUUUGACAGAUUUAAGAUUUUAGAGAUAGAUCCAUCCAGUGAAGGGCAAAUUUUAAGAUUCGCAGGUCUCAUCUCUGGUUGUAGAGCUCAGAUUGAGACGGAGGUGACACUUUCAGCUUUGGACUUGUUGAGCGCCUGUGGAAACUACCUCCGUUGUGGGAUUCCGCCAUGGCUGCCUCGCCUCUCUCUCUGGCCGGGGAGUUUAUCGGAUCGCCAGGAGCGAGUAGUAAGUGAUCUCAUGGCUGUUCUUACCACCAGGGUUCUUGUUAUUGCUUCGCUACUACUUGUCCUCUCUCUAGAUCUUCACCUUCACCACCUCGUUCAAGCUGAACAACUGCAGAGCACCAUUAAUGCACAGACGACGACCAUAGAUUGUGGGGCGGCAUGUGCAACGAGGUGUCAGCAAUCGAAGAGGCCGAGACUCUGUCAAAGGUCUUGUGGGAGUUGCUGCUUCCGAUGCCAAUGCGUACCUCCGGGCACCUCCGGCAACUACGAAGCUUGCCCCUGCUACGCCACCAUGACCACCCGCGGCAACAAACCUAAAUGCCCUUAGAUUAAAAC